UCUCGCCUGCCCUGCUCUGCGCUCCCCCGCCGCGAGCGGUACCACGCAGCGGUCACGAAGGUGUCUCAGCCGCGCUACGCCGUCGUCCGACGAGGAAGCCCAGAAGGUUCGCCGACGGUUGGGCUCUAGUUGGCCUGUGUCAACGAGUGCGAGAUAACCAGUGCACCUGUGUGUGAACACCGAGUGUCACUUCAUAAUCGUUUUCUGUGCCGUCUGCGUUCUAUUUGGAUUACAGUGCGUAAGCGAACCUUCGCCGUGAUUGCGCCGUGCAAGGCUGGACCGGAACAAGGGUUCGUCGGCGAGUGCCCUCCAUGGAUUAUCGAGGCGUCCGUGAGGGUGUGUGUGCGCCGCCGUCGUGACGCUUUGCGCCGCGAGGCGCGUUGCGGCGUUUUGAAAUUUCGACGCGCACGGAUCGUGUUUCGACGAUGGCCCACAACGCUUCGACAACGCCUAUCUGUCGCUGCCGGGUCCUAUACCUAGGUUCAGCCGUCCCUCACAUCACUAAGGACGGCCUUCAGGGCAUCCAGGAGCCCCUGCGCGAGCUUUACCCGGACCAGGGGCCUGUUUCUGCUCGAGGCAUUGACUCGUGGCUCAGCGUUUGGAGCAACGGGCUCCUUCUGGAGAACGUCGAUGAGUCCCUGCGUCAACACGUGCGUUUUUUCCCUAUCGAAACGCUGCAUUACUGUGCAGCCGUUCGCCAUGUCGUAGUGCCUGGUUCGAGCGGCUCCGAACGCGUGGAGAAGUUCCUGCCACUGGACAGUCCGUUUGCGAGGCACGCAGGACCACAGCAGCCACCAUUGUUUGCGUGCAUAUUGAGGAGGACCACGGGCAUCAAGGUACUCGAGUGCCAUGCGUUCAUCUGCAAGAAGGAGGCCGCGGCCAACGCUCUCGUACGUUGCUGCUUCCACGCGUACGCAGACUGUACGUACGCCAAGCAGUUGGAAGAGAACCCUUACGUGCUAGACGGGCCGCCACGGCGAGCUCAGUCUGUAGUCGGCCUGGACACCGUGCAGAAGGUCGAAGCAUGGCGUCACCAGCAGGCCGACCCUUCCACCAGCAACGGCGUGCCGCACGCAAACGGUGGUUCCAUCUUGCUCGACGACGACACAGAAGACGACGAGGGAAACUACAAAGUCUGGACGGGGCCGGCUCCCAGAGAGCUCGUCUACAUGGACACCAGCGGAACACUUAGGAGCGUCCAGUCAACGGCCACUGGUCCCAACAAGUCGUCUCGGCCUCGGCAGCUCGCCAUCCCGUCUCGACCACCGCCGCCACCGUUGCCACCGCUUCCGCCUCCCGCCACGAGCAAGAUGAACGGUCAUAAGGAGAGCUCGAAGUCAAAGAAGAAAUCGAAGUCCAAGUCCUCGUCCAAUUCCUCCCCGCAGCAGCAGCAGCUCCCGACCAUGCCACCUCCUCCUCACCUUAACGGGUACAGCGUUAUAUCGGGCUACAGCGGCAACCAUCCACCGCCUCCCAUGAUGAUUCACUCGGAGCGGAUGCGCAGGCCUCCUGAGAGGCCCAUGCUGUACAGCGCCGAGGAGCCCUCGUACAUACCUGCCGUGCGAGCCAUGAGCCCAACCGCUUCAUACCAGCCGGGCAUGUAUCCCCACGAGCAGUACUUUAUACAGAACUAUAGCACGGCACCGCGGCCUCACGGAGGCAAGCACAGGGGAAACGGCGAGCACCCGUCUUCCUCGAAGCCCGGCAAGGAGCACCGCCGCAGCAACGGCCACCAUGAUGACUCCGCGGGAGGAGACACCGACUCUCCGUUCAACACGGGCAUCUACCGCAGGAAAGGCCACCUAAACGAGCGCGCCUUUUCCUACUCUAUCCGGCAGGAACACCGAUCGAGGUCCAACAGCUUGGCUAACCUGCAUUUUCUGAAUGGCGGACCCGAAGGCAACGGUGAUCCUGGACCUUCCGGCAUAGACAAGAAGGACAGGGAGCUCGCUCAGCUCGUCGGCGACUUGGACUUAAGGGACAAUGGUGGCUACGGAGGCCCGUCGCACAGGCCAGUCACGCCGGACACAAACUUUACCAGAAAGAAGGCUUCGUCUAAGAACUACGCUUGGUAAAAAAUAAAGUGGGAUAAUUGUGUUGGAGUUCCACAUCAAGGCACGUUCUCCAUCCAUUCCUCGUCGAAGAUUCGUGGACUGCUCACUCGACCGACGCAGAUCCUGGUACACUACUGCUGGAUGGAUGCCAUGAUAAGCAACCGCUCGGUGCUUGUGUGCGAAGUGCCACUGUGUCCUCAGCGUGUGCGUUUUUUUUUUCUUCGCUUGUUGUGCUAUUGUGUGACGUACUUUACCUGACAGAGUGGCACCGAUCCGGGCUGAACGCACAGAGGUGUGCAGAUAUGGAUAUACGCAUGAUUGGUGGAUUGCACCUCCCAGCCUUAAGGUGCCCUGGGGAUUAAGAGUCAUCGCUGGUGAACCUUCCUGUGGUAUUGCCCACGGAUUCUGCUGACUUGUUCCCCUGCUCCGAAUGGGCCAAGCCACAGGCUUAACACAAUUCGCUGUGUUUUAAAGCAGUGGCUUUAUUUUUGUGCGUGAACAAAAUUCUGGUUCACUUGAAGGUGGUGCGAAUGAUGAAGACUGAGGAACACUUCGUUGAGCUUUUGUUAUAUUGUAACAUCCGUCAGCCUGUUUUGUUCGUGUGUGUCUGGCCAACUGACCAACUUUCUAAUACUGUGUGGAUGUGCUAGUGAUUCAUGAAAUAACCCUCAAAAAUAGUAAGGCACUUCCUUGAAACCAGACUGGUCACAUUUCCUGACGCGUUAUUCAGGGAACCAAGCAAAUGCUGUGAACUAGAUGGACCUUCAAGCGCAUUGGCUGUUCAUCGAUUACUGACUGUUCAAGCUCGGAAGUGUAGGCUAAAUUACGUAACAGUCAUUGAUAACGUAGCCAUUGUUUGAAGGUGAUCAUAAUUGCUUUCUCUCGCGUUUUAUUUUCUUUGGCAUCGAACGCAUAGGAACGAACAGAAAGACGCCGUGAACAAUCUUAACGUUUUAUUUCCGUCAGGAAACAAUUAGAAUGCAAUUGUCCUCUGCAGUCCCACUGUAGUCGCGCUGGCUGAUUUCGCAGUGAUUCUGAGCUAGCAUUGAGAGCUUCGCUCAAAGCUCACGUGAUCGCUUACAAAUUGAUUGCGAUUUCAUCUGAUCAAGGUCGAUCACUAGUCAUUGGUGGAAUGGCCCAACUAGCACUUAAUUGAGAAGGAUUCGUUUUGAAGGAUGAAAUAUGCAGCAUAUUGAUUGAAGAGCAAGUUGACUCUUAGAUGCCCUUAGAUAUGAGUGCUCUCGGAGUGAUGGCAACGAAGAGUCGGGUGAAUGCGUACGCCUGAAUCAGGAGGAGCUGGAUAAGUUGAGACGAGGACAGGAAAGUUGUAUAGAAGAUCGACUGAACUGACGUCAUGCGCGCCUAAAGAGGGAGGUGACACAUGCAGCCAUUUUGUUGGCUAUUAGUAAUAGGCUUUCUACAACAUGUGUCAUUGUAGAACUUUAGCAGUGUAUUAACACUUAUCGAUGCAUGUUCUAGUUUUAUUUCGAUAACCAGAUUGCUAUCUAUCUAUUUUCGAUGGUGUGUGUCAUUGCCGUGGGUCCAAAACUGUGCAUGUGGCUAAGAAGUAUUAUAGCCAACCAGCAUAAAACCACAAACGUCAACACUUUCUCAACAAUUUAAGGCUAUUCAUUUACAGGAAUUAUGGAAUUCUAACAAUAUGCCAUGCUUUCUUGUCGAGCUUUCUUGUCAAGAUGCACAAUCGACCGUUUUCAGUUAUGCAUGUAGACAACAGCUAAGCUGAAUACUUCCUCACCUUUAAAGAAAUGCUGAAUGGCGGGAUUCGCUAACUGUCAUUUUCCUCUGCACUGAUUCCAACUCUUUCCUGGCCAUUCUGGGCAACAGCAUGCCUUGCGAAUUUUAAAGAACACUUGAAGAACUAAGAACACGACGUGUGUUCCGUAACGCGAUUUUAACGCCGCAUUAGCGAUGUACUUCAUGGCAAGCUUACUUAUUCGCAUCGACAAAGGAACCAUCAAAAACCAAGACGUAGGACCAGAAGGAGGCGCACACAUACAUACACACACAAACACGCACAGUCGCCAGUUGCAUCAACGGCUGCCGCACGUUAGGAACGUUAAGCUAGGCGACAGGACUAUUAACAAAAAAAACGGAGAUUGUAAAUGUUAAACAAGCUUUGCUGGUACUAGCUGCAAUGUGCUGAAACGUCAAAUCAGGUCCACAAUAUCAGAUUCUCACUCGAAAAAACGGUCAAUUACUGGGCGCCCUCGAGAACAAUACGUGUGCUGUUAUAAUUGGCCAACGCCGGUAUUUAUGAAGUCCUGGAGCAUACUAAAGGCUUUGCGAAUACGGACCCUAAAUUGUUAUUAUGCUCCUGACGACCAUUAUAGCCGCUAUUAAGAACAGCAUGACGCACACCCAUGUCAUGGUGCGGCUGACCUCGGCAUAAGCUACUGCGACUGACAAUAUUCUGUUUUCUUCUGUUCUUUUCAAAUGUUUUCCGAAUUUCCGCCUUCUAACGACCUUUGCAUCCGUAAGCUUACAGAUAUGUGACUCCAGAACGCGUUUCCACACUCCUUCCCGCCAACUCAAGGGCACUUUUAUUAGAUUUUUUUUUCUUUCACAUUUCUAAUUUUACUCUUGGGUGCAACGUUCGAAAUCGCGGAUCCGUUCAAAAUACGUGAGCCGAUCAUAAAACUUGGAAGAUAAGGAUUACGAGGUCGGCCAGAAAGCUAGAGCUUUUGCCAGGCUUCUUCCGGUUUCCGCACUAAAAUAACCUUCAGCUCUACGGGCUUAAGGCCAGAAAGAGCCUGCGCAAGCGUUUUUACAACUGGUGAUCCAGACCGUGGAAUGCUAAAAUGUCCGUGCUUUGAACAUAGGAAAGCUAAAUUUAUCUCGGGCUACAACUUGUACUUAAAGCUAGUGUUCACAUUUACGGCUCCAGUGUUGAAUGCUGAAGUCUUCACGCUGUUCAUAUAGCUACGAAACGCGCUACUUGGCCGGUUCUGAAAUUGCUGCUACUCAGAAACAAUACGUACUUCCAAAGUUAAACGACUGCGUCAUUGUCAAACUGGGUAACAAAAUGCGGUGAAAUCAUUCAAGGGUAACGAAUUUUUGUCAGGCCUCGACAGAAUGGCACCGAGAAGCUCAGGGCUGCAUCUCGUGAUGUUGGUGAUUGUAAUUUUACGGACCAGUUUCAGCGCAUCAUUAGGCACUAACCGCGGAUGCUUUCUUGACUGAAUGCUUUCGUAGCCUACUGGCUACUAUGUGAUCCUUUCUUACCGAGCGCCUAGUUUUUUAACCUUAGGCACUCUAUUCAAUUCGAAAAGGCGUAAAUUGAAAAUGCAUGCCGCUUUAUCAAUUGAAGCAGGUGUUUCGUUGAGCAUUAUACGCAGGCAAGCCAUGCUUGUUUGCUACAGUUAUGACGAAGAAAUUGUGCUUUUUUUUCCCCAGCCACAGAGGCGCAGCCGUUUCCAACGUGUCAUUAUGCGAAACAUACCGUGACAGCAAGUCUGUUUGAAAGGCUGUAGGUUUAAGCACGCACUGUCAUUUAUUGUAUCUUUUUAGGUGUUAUGCUUGCGCUAGCACGUAAUGAGCUAGCACAUUGUAUACCGUUACAGAACUGCGUAAUUUAGCCGUCUUAGCUCUGUUUAAAAUGAAGGAAGCGGAUGGGUGUAUGUUAAGAAGUAAAGUUAUAAUUGCUUUUGAACUGCUGGGAACAAUCUCGGCAUGUACACCUGCUAUUAAUUUCAUUAGUAUUCAACGGAGCAGAAUCCUCUAAUAUGCUGCGUUACCUCUACUUCUAGAGGGUAGAGAAAUCUCUCUCACACUAAUCGAAAAUGAUUAGAGCUGCUGUCGUGGUGCACCAGUUUUCGCUAAUUUCUUGCUUGUUACACGUAACGUAAACAGUACAAACGUAAUUAAAAAAUCGAGCAAUCGAGCGAGGUUGUCAUCGUGAAUUUUGUAAAAUAACCUGAAUGAGCGACACAGACAACAGGAUAAAAUUUGUUGUUCUUAUUGGUAAUCUUUCCCAAACGUUUGGAAAAGUUUUCAAUGCAAUUGUACGUGUAAACAUGUCAUUUGACUUGUAAACCUUCAUUAAAUUUAAGUUUUUUGUUCUGAAAAUUGCAGCUUCAGAUGAAGCAGUUGCAUGGAAAACACGAAACUGCCCCAGAAGUGCCAUCCUAGCCAUUCUGUGUUCCGACAAGCUUUAAAAUGCCCUUUAUAAGAAUCGCUUAGAGCGCUGGUAGAUAUGCGUAAAUUUGAAGGGACGGUCAUUACACAUUAAACAAAUAUACAUGUGACACACAUUUUUGUACCUUGAUGUUGAACCUUCGAAGUGCUCACAGAGUCCUUUCCGUCGUCUACCUUUAUUCUUUAACAUAGCUGAUGGAACUGCGUUUUUUUGUUGCUUGCACGCCGUCGUAAGGCAAUCAUGAAGUUUCUUAUCGGUAAUACUGCACGAGCAAAAAAUGUGGAACAGAUGGAAAGAAAUGUUCAGAAAGCCGAAUGAGUGCUCUCGCAGCUCGAAAUGCGUGUGAUAUUUGAGCUGUGGAUAGAAAACGAUGGACAAAAAUGUUGCGCUACUGAACAUUAUCCCACGCGAAAAAUUUGGUGAAAAGUUGUGUGAAGUUUGAACGGCUUGUUCAUUCUGCUUUUCGUUGUUGUGUUGACGAUGCAUCGACUUGUACAGCCCGAGCAAGACCUUUUUUGUGCAAGAAUGUCCUGCUCUGUUGUUAUGCCGAAAUAAAACGGACAGUUCCUGGUCAAAA